AUGCGCCCAACCCGCAGCCUGGAUCAUACGAUCCACCUCCUCAAGCCGAGAGUCUUGAACUUCUCCCGAAACCAAGCAGUGCGCACCAUCAGCACAAUACAAGGCACAUACCCACUCCGCCCAUCGCCGACACCAACACGCCCAACACAAUGCACCAAACAAGCACCACGACGAACCUUCGGCCUCCCCUCACUCUCCUCCCUCUUACCAAACGGAAAUAACGACUCACCAAAACGCGUAUUAACCGCAACCCGAACCCUCCCCUACGCCCCACCAAACCUCUUCAAAGUAAUUUCCUCGGUGGAAUCCUACUCGCAAUUCCUCCCUUUCCUCACAGCAUCCACCGUCACAGCCCGGGAUCCAGAAACAGGAAAUCCCACACAGGCAUUCUUGACCGUCGGCUACGGACCUCUCAGCGAGACAUUCACUUCGCGCGUCGACUGCGAUCCGAAAAAUUUAACCGUUGAAGCGCGGAGCGGCGCGAAAUACGGGGGUGAUGAGAAGGGGAGUGGGAGUAGCAGUGGCAGUGGCAGUGGUGGGAGUGGACUGAGUGGAUUCUUCCCCGGUGCUAGCGAGGGGAUCUUUGAAUAUCUUUCUACGCGGUGGGAAUUGGUUCCCCUAGAUGCGAAGGGUGGUCAACCGCAGACAAAGGUGAAUCUGGAAGUGCGGUUUGAAUUUCGGAGCCAGAUGCAUGCUACUGUCAUGGGGGCUGUUGAGGGGCAGAUGGCUGGGGUUAUGAUUGAGGCGUUUGAGAAGAGGAUUCAUGAGAUGCACGGAGGAGGCUGA